AUGUUGUUCGACCAUUUCCUAGCCGGGCUGAGGACCGGGGAUGGAACCAAGAUGUUCGGUCAAUUUUCGGCGUGGCAUUUAGCUAUAUCGACUUUGGUGAUUGGCAUCAUCACUCUGAUAAUUGACUAUGGCUAUAUGCUAUGGAUGAGAUUAAAACUGCCUCCUGGACCUUUUCCUUGGCCGGUUGUAGGCAAUACUUUUAUGCUCCCGGAGAAUAAGCCAUGGAUUUGGUUUGAAGAGCUGUCUAAAAAAUAUGAUGCGCCGCUUGUCACGAUAUGGAUUGGACGAAAUCCAACCAUUUGGAUUAACGACGCGUGGGCGGCCUCGGAGCUUUUUGAAAAGCGUGCGGGUGUUUACUCAUCGCGGCCGCGGAUGUUGGUCUUUGCAGAAUUAGGUGCCGGUCAAGAUAACUUAGUCAACAUGUAUACGACGCGUCCUGAAGAGCGUGACCGUUGGCGUGUUCACCGCAAGCUCAUGCAUCAGGGCGUCGGUAUCCAGUCCGUCCGCAGGUAUCGUCAAUUUCAAAAUAACGAGAGUCGGGUCGUCGCGUAUGACUUACUUAGAGCCCCCGAUGAUUAUGUUAAGCACUUCGAACGGUACGCCACAAGUGUUGUCUCCAUUAUCGCUUUCGGAAGACGUGUCGAAAGCUGGAGUGAUCCUAUUAUUACCGAAGUCAUCGCCGUUAUGCACCUAGCUGCCGACCUGAAUGUCCCUGGCAAGACCUUUCCCAUGCUCAUGGAGACUUUUCCUUUGCUUGCGAAAUUUCCCAACGAGAUUGCACCAUGGAAGUAUGGGUUAGGUAAGAGACGUGGGACUCACUUCUUCCACGCUUUAGCAGACGAAGCAGUUAAAAAGGAAGGUCACGAGGACUCUUUCGUCCACCACCUAUUUUCUGAAGGCCCAAAAUAUAACCUUAGAGAUGCUGAAAUUUCUUCACUAACUGGAAAUCUAUUUGGCGCCGGGUCCGACACUAGCAGCAGCACACUAAUAACGUUUGUUCUAGCUUGUUGUGCUUUUCCAGAGACCCUAAUUCCGGCAUGGGAAGAGCUUGAUCGUGUAAUUGGGUCUCACAGAAGUCCGACUUGGGAAGACGAAGAAAAGCUCCCCUAUGUCAAAGCGUUUGUUAAGGAGGUUUUCCGAUGGCGUUCGGUUGCCAUAAUUGGAGGACAACCGCAUGCGCCGACGCAGGAUGAUUACUAUAAAGGUUGGCUGAUUCCCAAGGGCACCUGGAUUCAAGGCAACGUAUGGGCGAUUCACCACAACGAGCGCGAAUUCCCCGAGCCAGAUCGUUUUAACCCAAACCGUUUUCUUUCUGGACAUCCAGAUAGUCGGCCGUUCCCGGGAGAAAGGGGUUAUAUGACCUUUGGAUGGGGUCGCAGGGUUUGCUCGGGGCAAGCAUUGGCUGAACAAGGUACUUGGAUUACUGUUGCUAGAAUACUAUGGGGCUUCAACAUUCAGAAGAAGAAGCGUUCAGAUGGCAGUACGGUUAAUGUGGAUAUUUUCAAUUACACGAAUGGGCUUAAUAUGCGGCCGCAGCCGUUCGAGUGUAGUAUCACGCCGCGUAGUGAAGAGAUUCGCCAAACGAUAGAGCGCGAGGGUAAGCAGGCACUUGAAGAGCUGGAACAGUAUCGCGGGGAAACCAAAUAUCGUAUGUCAACAUUCUACGCAAGAAACGAUGUCGCGAUGAAGCUUUACGGGAAUGACGAGAAGGUGUCAUCGUAA